CUCGAGUUUAGCGCGGGAAAGAGAUAGAACGCGUCUCUUCGAGGCAAAUCACGAGAAGUAAUACGUCUGUAACAGGCAAAACAGCUCUGAAGCGCACCUCACGGAACCCAGCAAUCAUAAUUACCCUUCCUAAGGCGCGACUACGCAGCAUCAAGACAUGCGCUAGGAACUAUGGCAGGAGCAGACGACCUACUAUUUUCCGGCGUAACCUUUACCGUCUUGACUGGACCGACGAUAGACUCUGUUCAAGAGGAGAGGUUGAUUCAAAUCUUGACACACAAGGGUGCCACAUUCAUCCCCCGACGAGAAGAUGGCUCGAUCAAUAACAUUACUCGCCAUACGCACAUCAUCACCGGAGACAUUGAGUUCCCGGAGUACAGCAAAGCCCUAGACUACAACAUCCACGUUGUGCGACCGUCCUGGGUUGAAUCGAGUUCCGAGAAGGGAAGGCAGACACAAGCACGCCAGCACAGCCCAGACCCGUCCAUGUUUUUCAGAGAAGUCAUAGUCUCUUGCGCAGAACUGCCCGAGGGAGACAAGGACGCCAUUAUUGCUGGUACCCUGGCGUUGGGAGGCUUGUACAGUGCACCUUUGACCAAGCUGGUCACUCAUGUUGUUGCUCUGGACAUGCACAAUGACAAGUGCCGUACUGUGCAAGCGAAGGACCUGGCCUGCAAGAUUGUUCUGCCACACUGGUUCGACGACUGCCUGAAGCUCGGCAAGCUGAUCAACGAAGGCCCCUACCUCCUACCCGAUCCUGAGAUUCUCCGCGCAUCCUCAGACGAACCCGUACGAGCAAGAUCAACACCCGGCCUCGACGGUGCCACUUCAGCCGUGGCAGGAGCCCCGCCAGCAUACAAUCCUCCCAUCUCUCCUUCCGACUCUCGCAAGCAGCUAGCCGUCUUUAAGGACAAGAAGGUGCUCUUCUCAAAAGACUUGAAUGUCAAUGAUCACCUGGCAAAGACAUUGCGACACUUGGUCAGCCAGGCCGGAGGCUCUCUUACAACAGACGUGGAAGAAUGUGAUGUGUACAUAGGCCACUACCGCGACGGUAUGGACUAUGUCGCUGCAUCUCAAGCUGAGAAGACCGUCGGCAAUCUCUCUUGGUUCUACAACGUCAUCAAUCGCAACAAAUGGACGAAUCCUCUAGGCAAACUUCUGCACUACCCUGUGCCCCGAGAUGGGAUCCCUGGCUUCAAGGGGAAGAGAAUCAGUCUAUCAAACUACAGCGGUGAAGCACGCAUUUAUCUCGAGAACCUGUGUAAGGAAGCAGGAGCCGAUUUCACAAAGACCAUGAAGCAAGACAACACACACCUCAUUACUGCUCACACCCACUCAGAGAAAUGCGACGCUGCCCAGGAGUGGAACAUUGAUAUCGUCAACCAUCUUUGGCUGGAAGAAAGCUAUGCCAAAUGCGCUGCUCAAUCGUUAACCAACAAACGCUUCACCCACUUCCCACCACGAACAAAUCUCAGCGAGAUUGUAGGCCAAACACCCAUCGACAUCAACAAAGUCCGCAAAUUGUACUUUGCAAACGGUGAAAAGACGAUCAAGGACGCAGAGCCUGGAACGAAAACACCACAUCCUUUCCGUGGAGCUGUAAGAGCACCAGACACUUCACCCAGAAAAGGUGUUCCUGCCUCUAGCGCAGCAACAUCCAAAGCAAAGUCCUUUGUCGACGCACCAGAACCUAUGGAUGUCGAUGGGGAUGAGAAUGACUCCAGUGAAUUCUUACCUGCACCUCAGACGGCCAAGAGAAGAAAGACUAGAGUGGGCUCUGAUGCAGCCAUGGCUACACCUUCAAUGCUCAGGACGACAGGACGAGAGAACAGUCCCCCGACCACUGGUCGUGCGUCAAAGGAAAAAGCCCUAAGAGAUCUGCACGCACUCAAAGAUGAUGUGCUUCUUUAUGAUCGCGAGAGAAAGCGAAAAGGCGGUGUUGUGCAUGGGGGCAGACGUACAGCAGAGCCCGAAGAAGAACAGCCUGUAGUCACAAAAGCAGCAGCCACGAAGACAAGGAACAAACGCAAGAGCGAUGAUAUGGGUGACGACACUGCCGAGAUCAGCGAGACUGAAAUCGCCGGGGUCAAGGGCAAAGCGAAGAAGGUAAAGACCGACAAUGGACCACCGGUCAAGUUUACGAUGUUGGUCACAGGAGACGAGCGAUGGCUGGGCAACAUGAAGAGGGAAGCUAUCGAGAAAGCCAAACUCCGCGCCAUCGGCAUCAAAAUUACCACAGAGCCCUCAGAAUGCUCCCUCCUCUGCGCUCCUCGCAUCCUCCGCACCAAGAAAUUCAUCGCCGCCCUUGCAAAGAGUCCCUUCGUCGUCAACAUCGGCUACCUGGACUCGGCACUCGCCAACGAAACACUUCCCGACCUCGACGACCAUCUCCUCAAAGACGGUGAAGCAGAGCAACGACUCGGCUUUCUCAUGGACGACGCACUCGACAGAGCAGACAUGAACAAGAACCAUCUCCUGCACGGCUGGACAAUUUUCAUAACAGAAAAAGUGCCUGGAGGAUUCGAGACGUAUAAAGAAAUCAUCAGCAUCAACGGCGGCACGGCAAUCCUAUACAAAGGUCGUUCAAACGUGAUUCCAGGACCUAGAUAUAAUCCCGGUGGAGAUCGGGACCGUGGAUCUUGGGUGCAGAAUCAAGGGUUGGAGGAAAUUGAGCCGAAUCAGGUGUUUUUGAUUUCCGGAACUCUGCCUGAAGAGGUCAAAUUGUGGCAAAAGUUUAGGGAUGAGGCGGAUAGGAAGGAUUGUGAUGCCAUGAUUGUCAAGACGGAUUGGUUGAUCAAUCUUGCCAUGAGUCAGCAGAUUGAGUGGGAUGAAAAGUGGGCGUUGAAAGAGUCUUUGGUUCCUGGGUAUGAAGAGGGUCGUGGGAAGUAGGAUGUGUGCGAUGGUGGCGGCCAGUAGAUUGAGUAUCCGGUAUCAGGCCUAGAGUCUUGCUUGAGCAACAGAUGGAGAUGCUGCUGACAGCCCUUUGAUGUUUUCGUUGUAGUUG